CUUUGGGCGAAGGUAUUCCCCACUAUUUAUCUUCUUGGCUCGGAAAACGUUGGUUCCACAACCAAAAGUCCAAGUACUGCAGAACGGAAAGAGAACCAAAGUACCUUACGAAGCAUCAAUUUUUCAUCUAUAUAUACACACAUAUGUGUGCAUAUGUUUUCAUACAUCAGGAAACCUAAGACCUGUCUCAAGUAACAAGGGUAGUUCCUUCCCUAGGAGAAGUAGAAGAAGAGGAGGGGGGAAAAAAAGGGAACAAAGUAUUAGACCUUAGUACAAUCCCAUAUAUGUGCAUAUCCAAAAAAGAUCUGUCUUUGUAAGAAUUUUUACCGUAUUUUCAGAUUACUGUUCUAACAUAAUAUAUAUACAUAUAUGGGGAGGGGGAAAGUUGAAUUAAAGAGAAUAGAGAACAAGAUAAAUAGACAGGUGACAUUUGCAAAGAGAAGAAAUGGGUUGCUCAAAAAGGCCUAUGAGCUCUCUGUGCUAUGCGAUGCCGAGGUUGGUCUCAUCAUCUUCUCCAGCAGUGGCAAGCUUUAUGAGUUCUGCAGCAGCUCUAGCAUGUCCAAGACAAUUGAAAGAUAUCAAAGAUGCAGCUAUGAAGCAUAUAAAAUGAAUCAAUCUUCCAGUGAUGGACAGCAGCAGAGCAUGUACCAGGAGUAUUUAGAACUUAAAGUAAGAGUUGAGAUGCUUCAAAAAUCUCAGAGGUAUUUUCUUGGUGAAGAUUUGGGACAGUUGGGAACAAAGGAUCUUGAGCAGCUUGAGUGUCAACUAGAUACAUCUUUGAAGCAAAUAAGAUCUACAAAGACUCGAUAUCAGCUCGAUCAGCUUUCUGAUCUUCAACAAAAGGAAAGGACCCUGCUGGAAGUUAAUAAAUCUCUAAAUAGCAAGCUAGAACAAUAUAAUGCAGCACUUCAUUCAUCAUGGCAAUCCGGGGAACACAGCAUUCCAAACAGAUUUCAGCCUCCUCAGAUUGGGCAGUUCUUUGAACCUCUUCAGUGCAAUGACACAUUGCAAAUUGGAUACAAUUAUGUGGCAUCGGAUAACAGUGCAGCAUCCACACAAGGUGCAAAUGGAAUCCUGCCCGGAUGGAUGCAUUCACUCUGAAGUAAAUGUGACUUUAUUAAGAAAAUUUAUGUGGGAAACUGUAAAGGAUUCGUUUGAUGGUUAGCUCCUUGUUGCACUCUUCUCUGUUGUGUUCUAAAAGAGAGUAAGCCCUUGAUGGCCAUUAUUGUGUAAAACUGAUGUUCUAAAUAAUGAUUUUGAGGAAAUAUGUGUGGUUAAUGGUAAGAAAGUUGUUUUGGUUUA